AUGUGUUUUGUCAAAACAUACAUGUAUUUCCUUAUCAGAACCUUCACCAAGGUUGAUGUUCUUGUCCAAAUUGGUCCUGCUACUGGCAGUGUCAGUUUCGUCGUUCUUGAUCCCCAGAUAGGAUCAUCAGUUCCAGCCAGUGGUGUGCAAAAUGCAAUCAGUGGAAAAUUUAUCUCCGACCUUCUCGGCUUAGCAUUUACAGUGCCAGUACCACAGGAAAAUAUUGAUAACGCAAUCAAUGUCGUAUUGAAAGAUUUCCAAGCAGAUCAGGUUUGUUUUUUCAUGUACUUAUAAUUGCAAGGGCCCACCAUGCAAAGCCUUAGAAAUAGUCUUAUUAGGAUAUUUUACCAUGUCCAGAUAUAGCCUAAUAACUGUAAACAGUGUAAAUUCUAUUGAUGUUGACUAACAUUUUGAGCCGUAUACUGUAAAGGGCGUGUGUGAUUAAUAUUUAAAAAUCGUACCGCAUAACGAUUAGCUGAGUUAACUCAAUUCUGAAAUGCUCCUUCAGUGAAGUUCGAUUUAUAUAUAGUAGCCUACGUUAACUGUAUAUAUAUAUAGAUGACAUAAUUAUAUUUGAUACUCCUCAGUUUUCGUCAAUGUUCGAAAUGAAGGGUAAUUAUUGUAAAUUUUUGAUAAUGGAAGUUCUUUCAGUACAGUGUGAUUAUUAUGAUUUAAAACGUUAUUAUAUAGAAAGUGCACGUACAAUUCGACAAAUUGUACGUACUUCAAAUUUUCCAGUGAUGCAUUUAUUAUAGUUCAAGUAUUUACUAAUUUGGUAUUUAUAUAGUGGUCUCUCCGAGAUGAACUCUUUCAGCGGAACAUGGCAGAGGAAAUCAAGGCAUUCUGUAUCAUGUCAACUUACCAUCGUGAUAUCUGUAACAUUUCCGA